AUGAUUCUCAAAUCACUACAUGAGUGGAAUGACGCUCCUGAAUCCGAAAUCUAUAACUCCAUUGGACUGCUGACGCUCGGAAUCAGCACAUCGGAUAUCUCCUCCGCAAUGUUUGGCGAAACCCUUUUCCUUCCCUUGCCACAUUGCACCGCUUAUCAAAAGGACCCACUUCCUAACCUAUCACAACUGUCGGGACCGACACAGCACCGCCAGGAGACAUUCGACACAAGGCACCUCCACAGGGUUUCAGUGAAAGCCCUCUUCAAGAAGAGAGAAGAAAGACUGUACAUUCACUCAUUCACCGUUAAGCACAGAAUCAUCAAGAAAAGAAUCACCCACUCACUCAUGGAAUUUACUGCUCGUCCACGCCAUCCUGUCUAUGACAACGACGAGCCGCUGCCCCUUAAUCGCCGUCCUCUCAUUCCAUCGGCUUCCUUACCAAGGGUCCGUGUCGAGGGAAUUCCCGAUACCCCGGUAGUCAUUUCAUUUGAGCAGCCGAACUAUUUUCUUAUUAAGGUAACGGCGCCAUCGAUGUCAGAGUAUGGCGAACACCCCCUCCGGCGAGCUCCUGUGGAUCUUGUUAUGGUGCUCGAUUGUAUGGUUAGCGAAGGCGGAUUGGUAACUGUGGAUCAUCUCACAAGUGCUGUUGGAUUCGUUAUCGAUCAAAUGUGCCCCUGGGAUAGGCUUUCGAUUGUGUCGCCUUGCCCCGAAGAAGAGAGGAAUAAUUUUCCCCUGCGCAGAAUGACCGAUCAAGGAAAGGAAGAUGCGAAAAAAGCUGUUGGUUCGUUUAACUUUGCGACUGAUCAGACAGACGACGUCGCGGAAAUUCUGUCAAGGGGAGCUCGGGUUCUUGAGAGAAGGCGCUGCCAGAAUCAAGUCGCGUUCAUUAUACUCGUGUCUAAUAUAAAACAGUCGGAUCCGGAGAUGGAUCGAGAACUGGCUGUAGCAUACCUCGAUGGACUACCGUUUUCGAUCUAUCCGUUCCGUCGCCAAGGAGCUAUCGACAAUUUCUUCAGUCCACCCGUAUAUCCUAUUUACGCAUUCGGCAUUGGCUUAGACCACGAACCUAUUUCGCUGCUCACGCUAUCUUCACUAACAGGCGGAAAUUAUUCGUCGUUGGACACGCCCGAGAUCCUGAAAGAUGCGAUCGCCUGUCGGAUCGGAGCCCUCCUCAGCGUAGUCACGUUAGAAUUUAGUCUAAGGAUUGUUCGACUUAUUUCUGGAGUUACGAUUCGAGAUGUCCACGCCGGAAUCUACCAUAAAUUCAUCAGCGGUAUGGACAGAUCGAUAGCUGAUAUAAAAGUCGGGAGCCUCUCCGCAGACGAGGUGAAAGAAUUUCUGAUCAAAGUGACUCUCCCUACGCAUCUGGAGUGGCGGCGGGAAGAACCGUGCUUAAACAUUUCGUGGACAUACAAAGAUGCGGUGUCGUUUACGGGGAGGGAAGAGCAAUUUUUUGACACACUAAGGGCGCAUCGUCUGUUGCAUCCGCUUCCUUCAAGAACAAACGCCGAAAGCGAGGCUGUUACGCGCCAAAAGAUGUGUUCUUUUGGCUCGCGGUCGAUUUGUGAAUCUCUCUUAUUGGCGGACAAAGGAGAGGUGGCGGCUGCAAGGAACUAUCUGUUGGAGCGAAUAGCGGCAAUGUCCUUUCAGAAAAGUAUCGAAAGUGACGACGCUUUGUGUCUGUGGCUCUUUGACGAGAUGCGCGAAGUGGCGGGGAGAAUGGCCGGGGGUUUGCAAUCGUAUAAAUAUGGCGGGCUAGCUUAUGCCCUGUCGACUAUGAGUUCAUGCGAUACACAGAGGAUGACGACUAUCGGAAGCCGAGUCCACGGCGCGGAUGAUAUCCCGUUUCAACCGUACGGGACGCCGAAUACGUUGGAGAUGCUGAGGAGGUCGAGAGGAGGAGUACAAGGUUAG